AUGUUGUUGAGAAACGUAGCCACACCUUUGGGUGGCCUGUUGGCCUUCUACCCCUCCUCAUCAUUCGCUCAGAACACUCCUUGUCAAACCACGACUGUUCAGGCAUCGACUCCGAGCGACACCAAUGUAGCUCUACGCUCAUAUUCGUACUGCGGGGGCAACCUGGAUGUCUCGGUCUACAUCGCCAAUGUCAACUAUAACAAAGUCGUCACUUUGUACUACACGGACAGCCAGGGUGUUUCCACGCCCUUGACAUCCGUCGCUCUCGGCUACAACUCCAGUAUCCCAGAUACGAACUACGAGUUCUGGAGCGCAAACACUCCAGUCUAUCUCGACGGGAUUACCCAGCUACUGAAUCUCACCUAUCAGGCCAAGGAUAUCGGUCAGACCUAUGUGCAACAGCUGCAGCUCUCCGUCAAGGCUUCCGGAAAUGCUCCUCCUGCCCCUGCAGCCAUCCCUGCUCCAUAUGCAAACCCAAGCGGCUUCUCUGAUGAUAUCACUGCGUGGUUGGCUCCUAAGAGUGGCUCACAAGCCGACUUCUCGAAGACGCGCAUGUUCCUGAACAUCAACCCAGACAUCGAUGGAGCUGCCAAAGGUACUGUGGUUGCAGCCAGAUCAGGGCCUUCCUAUGAACAGCAACUUCCGGACUACGAGUAUGAUUGGGUCCGAGACUCUUCGCUGACGAUGGACGUCGUCCGUGCUCUUUACAGUGCGUCUACGGUGGACAGCUUCACCCGCAAGUACAAGGACGCCAUGUUUCACUAUGCUGAGGGCAGAGCUGUCGAGCAAAACGACCCAUCGCUCACAUUUGCUGGCUUGGGAGAGCCAAAAUUCUACCUGAACAAUACCGCCUUCACCGGCCCUUGGGGAAGACCCCAGAACGAUGGCCCUGCGACCGCAGCCAUCACUCUGAUUGAAUUUGCCUAUGAUUACAUGAAGAAAGGCGGAAGCUUGUCUUCUGUUCGCCAACGCAUUUGGGACUCAAAUGCCAAUCCAGAGGUAGCACCAGUUCUCAAGGACUUGCUGUUCGUCGCCAGCAAUUGGAGCUCUCCAAGCUUUGAUCUCUGGGAAGAAGAAGAAUCUGCCCAUUUCUAUACUCGUUUGGUCCAGCGUCGUGCUCUAGUUAUGGGUGCCAGGUUUGCAACUCUGCUUGGUGACGCAACAACCAGUAGCAAGCUUUCUUCGGCAGCUACCCAGCUUACUGCGACACUCGAUCAAUUCUGGAGUCCGAACAGAAAACUGAUUCUCUACGAGUACGGCCCCGUGCUAGCUGGCAAGAACUCGUUCAUCGACAUUGCCGUCAUUCUCGGUGUCAUCCACGGAUAUGCUGGCGAUGGCGUAUACUCUUACACCAACGACAGAGUUCUUGCUUCGGCAUUGAAGAUUUCCACCAGCUUCCUCGAUGUUUACGGCAUAGCUAAGACGACAAAAGAUUCGAAAGGACUUCCGAUUGGCAUUCCUAUUGGUCGCUACCCUGAAGAUGUAUACAACGGUGUAGGCACUUCGCCGAACGGCGGCAAUCCAUGGUACCUGACGACUGCCACUAUGGCUCAAUAUCUUUACUCGGCCGCAUCGGAGUAUCAGACGGCUGGUACUCUGACCGUCAACAAUGUCACCGCGUCUUUCUUCGCCUACUAUGCUCCUAAGUCUGGUCUCAAGAUCGGCAAAGCCUACUCUUCCAACACCAAGGAGUUUGCAUCCGUCAUUGCAAGCCUCAAAGGUUGGGGUGAUGCGUACAUUCGCCGUAUCAAGUACCACACGCCAGCUGGUGGUAACUUGGCCGAGGAGUUCAAUCGCAAUGAUGGACACGCACAAGGAGCAGCAGACUUGACCUGGAGUUAUGCUUCACUUCUUACUGCCGCCUUUGCUCGUGCCGCAUUGUCGGGCGACGCAAGCUACACUCAGAAGAUUGCAGCUUUGGCAUACGAGUAG